AUGGGGAGGGGAUGGAAAGGAGAUGUGAUAGGGAAGGGGAAGAAUGUGGAAGAGAGGUUUAGGAAGGUGUUUGGGAACGGGAGGACUGUGCCGGUGCUAUACAAGGUGACGAGUGUUAACCGGUGCGCGCAUGUGAUGGGGAGGUGGAGGGAAGGUGGGGAAGAGAAGGAGGAGGGCAGUUGGGAAGGGAUUGUGGAGGAAGGGGGAUGGGUGAGGGCAGUUCAACAAUUACUUUUUUCACAGAACUGUGAUGGGGAGGGGGGGAGGAGAUGGGGAGGAGAUGGGGAGGAUAUGGGGAGGAGAUGGGGAGGAGAUGGGGAGGAGAUGGGGAGGAUGUGGGGAGGAGAUGGGGAGGAGAUGGGGAGGAGAUGGGGAGGAGAUGGGGAGGAGAUGGGGAGGAGAUGGGGAGGAGACGGGGAGGAGAUGGGGAGGAGAUGGGGAGGAGAUGGUGGGGAGGAGAUGGGGAGGAGAUGGGGAGGAGAUGGUGGGGAGGAGAUGGGGAGGAGAUGGGGAGGAGAUGGGGAGGAGAUGGGGAGGAGAUGGGGAGGAGAUGGGGAGGAGAUGGGGAGGAGAUGGGGAGGAGAUGGGGAGGAGAUGGUGGGGAGGGGAAAUGGACGAGUGCAGUAG